GAUUUCGUUAAGCAAAAUGAGUAAAGUGUAUGAAAAUAUUCCAAUCAUCGAUUUUUCACAGUUUAAAACAAACCAACAAAUUUGUGCUCAACAAAUUAAAGAAGCCUGUGAAAACUUAGGAUUUUUUUACUUGAAAAACCAUGGGAUCAGUCAAGAAACGAUUACUGAAGUAUUUGAUAUUGUCAAACUUUACUUUGAACAACCACGAGAAGAGAAGUUAAAGUUUGUUAUGAACGGACGUCUUCAUGGAUAUGCAUCGAUGCGUCAAGAAAAUCUCGAUAUCUCAAGAAAAGUUGGGGACGUUAAAGAAACCUUUACUGUCGGCGAUUUUAAUAAAGAUAAUGAAGCAAUUACGCAAACCUUACCACCAUUUCUUAAGGAAAAGGGUAAUUCUAUUGCACCUUUUUAUAGG